ACACACUGUUUUUCGUUGGUAAAAUCUGGGAAGUUUAGCAAGAGGAAGAGAGAUCGAGUUUUAGAGAGAGAAACUGUGAAUUUUUCUCGUAAUGGCGGAAGAUCUAGUUUUAGAUACAGCAAUCAGAGAUUGGGUUUUGAUCCCACUCUCUGCAGUCAUGGUUCUAAUUGGCAUCCUUCGUUAUUUUGUUUCUAAACUCAUGCGAUCUUCUUCUACACCAGAUGCAAAGAUGGUCAAAGAAGGGCAGGUUGUUCUUAGGGCAAGGAAUCUGCGAGUUGCUGCUAAUUUUAUUCCUUUGAAGUCAUUUCGAGUUCGCAAAGCUUAUUUCACUAACGAGGAAGAUGGUUUACUUCACGUUCCUAAGGGGACAGCAGCUCCAAAUCCACAAGCUCAGAUGUUGUCUGAUCCUAACAUGGCCAUGGAUAUGAUGAAGAAAAAUCUUUCUAUGAUCAUUCCCCAGACCCUCACUUUUGCAUGGGUCAACUUUUUCUUCUCUGGUUUUGUUGCUGCCAAGAUACCAUUUCCACUUACUCAGAGGUUCAGAUCAAUGUUACAAAAUGGAAUAGACUUGAGCACCGUUGACGUCAGCUACGUUAGCAGCCGCUCAUGGUAUUUUCUCAACCUGUUUGGAUUAAGGGGUCUUUUCAGCCUUAUUCUGGGAGAAGAAAAUGCUACUGAUGACACGCAGAAAAUGAUGCAAAUGAGUGGAUUUGGAAUGGAUGCCACAAAGACUCUGGGUGCAGAGAAAGACAGCCUUGACAUCAUCCAGCAUGACUGGGUCCUGCCGAAAUUCGAAAAGCGUGCUGAAAGAGUGUUGAGAAAACUUGUCGCCUAAUUCCCACUCAACAAAAUACAAUUUGACCUCAAUUUCAGUUUCAUGUGUACCUGUGCGAUCAUCGUCCAACAUGAAUGGAUUCACCCUAAAUUCGUGAAGCUUUUGGAAAGGGUCUUGAGAAUUCCAGUUGCCUGAUUUUCACUCAAUCGAUUACAAUGUAACCUUAGAAUCAGUUUUCACGUGUGCUUCUGGUUCUCUAGAGGGUCUUAUGUUUUAGUAGAUAAUGUUGGAUGAGUUUUAUCGAAAACAAGAGGGAUGGCUGCAAUUGUUUAUCAGAAGGAUGGAGAACAAAUGGUGACUACACUUUCUAAUCAAUGCCACUUCUAAGCUUAAUUUUUAUCCAUCGCAGUCAUUUUAUCAUAACUAAACAGAGUUAUUGCCAAAAUUUUGGUGGGAUUUUAAUGUAAAACUUUGGUGGGAUUUUAUCACUUUC